AUGAGCAGCCCAUUCCGAUCCAUUCUCCCAAUCUCUCAAGCACUCCGUCCCUCCCGACUCUCCAUACCUUCAACCAUCUCUCUAUCACGUCGUACCAUCCUGACCUUUCCUCAUCCAACACUCGAAGACCCCUCAUCAGGCUCCACCAAAUUAAUCAUCAAAUCGUUCAACCGUAAUUUCCCAUCCCUCAUCCAGAUCUACACCGUUCUCAAAUAUGUCGAGAAAAAAUUAAAUAUCGAGAUAUUUGAUUUUUCAAUACUCAACGAUCCAGAUUCACUGUCUCCCCUCAAUACGAUUUUCCUUACGACGUUGAAACCUAUCCAGUUAGAAUGUCCAAUAUUGAUGGAAAUUCCUAUAAGUUCGAAGAACAUCUCGGGAGGAAGUAAUUUCUUAGGUGGACCGAGUUUGAAAGAUAUUCAAAAUGCCUUGAACACAACUGUUCAAUCCCAUUCUCCCCUUCACCAGGAUACUGAAACUAUCUCAACUGCACCAAAUCAAAGUAAGAAAGGAGGAGAAGGAGAAGGGGAAGAUGUAUUGCAGAUAAAGAUCGAACUUCAACGUAAACCGCUUAAAUCCAAAUCCGAACGACAGAUUCGACCUAAAAACCCCAAUAAGCGACUUCGACAUUCUUUGACAGGUAAAGAAGCUUCGGAUAUUGUCGAACAGCUGAAGGCGUUUAAUGGAGGUUUUUAUGGAGGGUUUGAAGGUCUUGCAGAGAAGUUUGAUCAUUUGAUCAUAAGAGCUAAGGAGGAACAACCGCAACAGGUGGAACAGAUAGGAGAACAGACUGUAGAAAGGGGAUUGAACGAAGGUAGUGAUGGACAGAAGAACACAUCUACUUAG